CGUCAUAAUCACUUUUCUUUUACCUCAUCAACACAUCAAUUACAGAUUCAGGGCACUUCAUCAUGUUUCGACCUGCAAACCCUUUUGACGAGAUUGUCGCCAAUGCAACGAGUGAGACCUUGACAUCCGAGAACUGGGAUCUCAUUCUCUCCAUCUGUGAAAAAGUGAACCGUUCAAGUGAUAAUGCCGGCCGUGAUUGUUUUGCUGCAAUUCAGAAGCGCCUCUACAACAAGAAUGCAAAUGUGAUCCUAUACUCGUUGACUCUGUGUGAAUCACUUGCCAAGAACUGCGGACUGAAGGCUCAACGUGAAAUAUCUUCACGUGCCUUUACUACACUACUUGUCAAGAUCCUUAAUGAAAAGACUACCCAUCCAGCUGUGCGGCAACGGAUAUUGGAAUUGAUUCAACAGUGGGCAUUUGAGUUCCGCGCAGAUCCCUCUUUGGGUAUUAUGGAUGAAACAUAUCAGCAACUUCGUACUCAAUCAAAGUUCAAAUUUCCUUCGCCACAAAAACCUAAAAAAGAACUCAAAAGCGAGGCUGACAAGCGAAAGGAAGAAGAAGAGUUGCAACUAGCAUUGGCGCUCUCUCUAUCUGCGAGCGAGCAUAAUGAGCGGACAUCCGCCACGAGACAAACAAAACAUCCAGAAAUCGCGGAACCUCCAGUUAAGCGAGUACGUGCACUUUAUGAUUUUGAACCAACAGAGAGUGGAGAACUUGGAUUCCAGAAAGACGACAUCAUAGUUGUUUUAGCAACAUCCUAUCAGGAUUGGUGGAAAGGCGAGCUCUACGGACGCCAAGGGAUUUUCCCUGUAAACUAUGUCGAGGAGAUAAAGGAAGGAGAGCAAAAUCAAAAUGGGACUACUAGCGAUGAUGAAGCCCAUGUUCUACAAGAAGCCAAGAACAUUGACGUCCUAAUCCGGAUGUUGCAGAAUGUUGAUCCAAGACGAGAUAAUUUCUCGGACAAUGAACAACUUCAGGAUACAUACAACAAUGUCCUUGGAAUAAGACCUAAGCUUGUGGAGCUGAUCAAGAAACAUGGAGAAAAGAAGGACGAAAUGUUGGCCUUGAGUGAAAAGCUGGCUAGGGCAAGAUCGACCUAUGAGAAGAUGAUGGAACAAUCCAUCGCAAAGUAUAGCAACCCCGGUUACGGUGCCUAUCAAUCGUACGCGCCCAACCCUGCAGCAUCUUACUAUAGUCCUAGCGUUUCCGGACAAACUGGGCAGAACAGAAAUACGUACUCGACUACACCAUAUCAUCUACCGCAACAACAACAGCCAUAUGGCCCUGGGCCGGUAGUGAGUCAAGCUACUCUUGGACAGUAUCAGCAGGACACUCAGUAUGCACCGUACACACCCCAGAUUAGCCAACAGCAGCUACCGCUACAGCAGUUACCGCUACAGCAGCAACCACUUCAACAGCAGCCAAUCCAACAACAACCAAUCCAACAACAGCAACAAUCCCAGCAACAGCCCCAACAGAUUCAACCUCCUAGUUAUGAUCAAGUAUAUCACAAUCAGACACCAUCACAAUCACAGGCACCCAUAGAUCCUAAUCUCAAUAAUACUCAGCAACUUCAGCAGCAAGGUCAGCCUUUCUCGCCCCAACCUCUUCAGCAGCAGCCAGUGCAAGCACCGUACCAAGGAUACCAACAGCAACAGCAGCCCAUGUCAGGAAAUGAUUUUCAGCCUCAGCAGCAACAACAACAAGCAUAUGUGCCCCAAUCAACGCCUUUUGUAGCGCCAACCAAUGGCUAUGCUCCCCAGCCUCAAUUUGCUCCUGCAGCUCCUGCAGCUCCUGCAUUCCAAUAACUAUUUUCUUAAUGUUUGCAAGCAAAACUAAGUAGCCUCAAGAAGAAGGAGAAAAAAAAAAUUUUUUUUAUUCAAG